AUGAAGGUAGAGGGCGUCCUGGUGGAGGAGGUCGAGGUGGAGGCGGAGGCUGGGGUGGAGGAGGUGGAGGCCGAGGUGGUGGUGGUGGUGGUAGAGGAGGAGGUGGAGGAGGCCAUGGAGGCGGAGGCUGGGGCGGCGGCGGUGGUGGUCAUGGAGGAGGAGGCCAUGGAGGAGGAGGGGGUGGUCAUGGAGGAGGAGGGGGUGGUCAUGGAGGAGGUGGUGGAGGCCAUGGAGGAGGAGGAGGAGGCCAUGGAGGAGGAUGGUAGUAGUGAAAGAGUGAAUUUCCAGGAGCUCAGGAUAUGGUCGGCCUCUACUGGGAGAUAA